AGGGCUUGCGGCAUGAUUCAAAAGUUUGGAAGGAUUAAUCUACCCUUUAUCAGAUUGGGUUCUCCCAGCAACUACCAUCCGACGAAACUAUUUGAAAAUUCUGGAUAUAAACAAUUUAAUUUGUUAAAUAAUAAACUAAUUUUAUGCUUAGAAGACAUUUUUCUUAAAAAUGCAAUAACAACAAGACAAUACAGCACCCCAACACACACAAAGAAUAGUGUCAUUUGUGCACGGGCGAUAUUUGCAGAACUUCCUGAAACUUCUACAAAACCAACUGGAAAUAGUUAUCAUCCUCUUUACGGCUGCUACACAAUUAAAAGAACAUUUUCUGAUAACUGCAAUAAGAUGGCACCAACUUUGGCUCCUAAAGUAAAAUUGAACAAUGGUUACGAAAUGCCUGUUCUUGGGUUGGGAACAUAUGAGUCCAAAAACAAUGAAGGAGAAAUUGCUGUCAAGCAUGCCAUAGACGUUGGAUAUCGCCAUAUUGAUACGGCAUAUUUUUACCAAAAUGAAGCUGAAAUUGGGAAAGCUAUUAAAGAUAAAAUUGCCGAGGGGGUUGUGAAAAGAGAAGAUAUCUUUCUGGUGACUAAAUUGUGGAACAUUCACCACGAACCAGACCGUGUUGAAGGCGCUUGCCGUAAACAACUCGAAUUACUUGGCUUGGACUAUAUUGAUUUAUAUCUCAUGCAUUUGCCCGUGGGUUAUAAAUAUGUCAACGAAGAAACUCUCUUGCCAAAGAACGAUGAUGGUGUCUUGCAACUAUCGGAUGUUGACUAUUUGGACACAUAUAAAGCAAUGGAAAAACUGGUAAAACUGGGAUUGGUGCGCAGCAUUGGUGUAUCAAAUUUUAAUAGUGAACAGUUACAAAGGAUUUUGGACAACUGUGAAAUUAAACCCGUAACCAACCAAGUGGAAUGUUCGCCAGCCUUGAAUCAACGUAAAUUAACACAAUUCUGUAAGGAGCGUAAUAUUACCCUAACAGCAUAUUCACCACUUGGCCGGCCCAAACCUGAUGAAAAGAAGCCUGAAUUUUAUUACUCGGAAAAAACCAAGGCUUUAGCUGACAAAUAUAAGAAAACACCAGCUCAAAUUAUUCUACGUUAUUUGGUUGAUAUUGGAGUUAUACCAAUACCAAAGUCCUCCAAUCCCAAACGCAUCGAGGAGAAUUUCAACAUUUUCGAUUUUCAAUUAUCUCCAGAGGAUAUUGCUGUAAUGGAUACAUUUCACACUGGUGAACGUUUAGUGCCUUUCAACUUGAUCAAAGGGCAAAACCACAAAUACUGGCCAUUCAGUAUUGAAUUUUAAUACUUGCAUAACUACUAAUCUUCUUGAAUCCAUAGGAAGUAUGUGUUAAUAUGUAAAAUAUAAUAAAAUGCCUGCAAAUUA